AUGGUUGAGUCGCCAAAAGGCAUUACUGCAAUUUCCCCAGGUGACAGGAUAGCCCAACUUGUUAUCUUGCCCAGUCUACAUGACAAACAUCCAGCUAGAGAUAUUAAAAGAGGAGAUAAGGGCUUUGGCUCAACCGGUACAGAUUUAGCAUUUUUAUCUUUGGACUUAGAUCGAAGACCAACUUUACAACUAACUAUUAAUGGAAUUAAGAUCACUGGCCUUUUAGAUACAGGAGCAGACAAGAGCAUUAUAGCCAGUAAAGAUUGGCCACGAGGGUGGCCUAUACAACUGUCAUCGCAUACCCUCCAAGGACUGGGAUAUGCUAAAGCCCCUAAUGUUAGUGCUACCUUGUUAAAUUGGCAAGAUACAGAGGGUCAUUCUGGGGUGAUUCAGCCUUACAUUCUGGAACUUCCAGUUUCAUUAUGGGGAAGAGACCUUAUGAAAGACAUGGGCUUUAAGUUGAGUAAUGACUAUUCAGAAAAGGUGCAAGCCCUGAUGAAAGAUAUGGGCUGUCACCCAGAUUUUGGCUUGGAUAAACAUUUGCAGGGGCGGAAAGAUCCUAUAAUUGCAAAGCCACGAAAACCCAGACAAGGGUUGGGUUUUUCUUAG